AUGGAAGAGGCACGUCGCCGGGUCUCCGUGGCACCUGCUCAUUUCGUCUUUGUGAACGGCUUCCCUCGCAUGAUGGACGGCUUCCACCUCUGGCAGAGCAUUGACGUUGUGAAGCCUUUUUUGGUUCUGGUUCUGGAGGCGCCUGAUGAUGUCCUCAAGACCCGGGCUGAAGCGCGGGGCCGGGAAGGGGACUUAAACUUCGGGGAGAGGCUCGCUUCCUACAGGGCCCUCACCGAGCCGGUCGUCUCCACAUUUCGCCAAGCUGGGAUCGCACGUCAUAUUGACGCCACGGGAAGCACGGCUCUUGUUACGGCAUCUGCAUGUUACCACUUGCAGCCGACUCUGGUCUUUGCCUGUGGUGACCCAAAGCUUUUUGGCCCUGUAUGCCGACAGGCGCGGCAAAGGCUCGGUGCACAGGUUAAGCGCAUCAGUGUGAACCGCAUCCGGGAGACAGCGGGAAGCAACCAUGUGGUGCAUCAACUCAUGCAGGAACUUAUGUAUGGCUGCUGGGGAAGGCUUGUUGUUGUGGAAGGCUUUCCUCAGGAUCUAGCAGAGCUACAGGCUUUUCCCCAGCAAGCACUGCUGAUGCUCGAUUUUAAGUCCGGCCUAGGGGAUGCGGCCUUUUUCGUGCGAUCCUUCGACAAUGCAGAGGCUGGCACCGUGGAUGCAGUGGCCAAGCUGUUGCAAUCCUGCCAACCUCUGCAGGUGGCACCCCAGUUCAUGGCCGUUGCGCUGCUAAAAGGCUGGAUGGAGGCUGCCCGACACAAGCCGUGGUGGGAUUCUGGCUUCUUUGUCACGGAAGCCCAGCCCAGUUACCUCCACUACCUGAGGCAACAAGUAGCUCUGGCCUCCUCCCACCGCAAGGAUGAAGAAGUCGAGUAUGGGACCCCAUAUGCCCUACCAUCUAAGAGUCCUCCGAUGGAGGCGUGGCUUUGCUGGCUCACCCACCAGCUGCACACAGACUCCUACUCCAAAUUUUGCCAGGGGCUGGAUUACCCACUUCGCUUGGGACCCCUGCCGCCAGCUGCAAAGGAAUUGGUAUCGAAGGCAAGAGCUUCGGGCGAGAAACCUGCCGCAGUUGCUCCUCAACAGCUCUCAUUGGAUUCUGACGCAUUGGCGAAUGUUCCUACAGCCUUCGCCCUUGCUCUUGCUGCCUUUGAAGAGGCCAGGCUAACGCCCCUAAGUGAUCCCAGGGCCAUCGUGCUCAAGGCGGACGGGGCGACGUGCAACGGGUCCGGGCCAGAUUUGAUGUCACACUUCUUGGACCUUAUGGACCUCUUCUACAGGCGCUUCUUGCUUGUCAUGGGCGAAACAGGACCUGAGAGCUUAGCAGGGCCUGCAGUGGAGCUUGACUGGGUCUGGCAUGCUCAUAUGACACACCCUCUAUACUCAGAUGACUGCUUGCGGCUCUUUGGGCACAUGCUGCCCCAUGUGCCCUGCAAGCCUGGGGAUUCCGAGCACAUACGAAGCGUGCCGCCAGACGCAGGCCGAGUCGCCAUGUCUCGAUUGAACGAGCUGCUGCGCUCCCGACUCCGAGACCUUGCAGGGUCCACGCACCUCCGCGAAGCGUUGACAUGGGAUCUUGGUGAGCCAAGCAAGGAGGACGAUGCCAUUGCGCUCGGCUGCUUUGUUCCAGGUGGAGAUCGUGCCUGGCUCUCGGAGCGGCUGGAAUCGGCGGGUGGGCGGCUCGGGCAGGCCCUACUGAAGUUUAUAAAGAAUCCUGGGGCUUGGAUCUGCCCAUGCCCAACACAGAACCCUUUGGAAGGAGAGGCAACUUUCCUUCAGGUGACUGUGCAGCUCAUGUCGGGAGAGCACGUGUUGGCCCAAACCAUGCAUAAGGACAGCACGGUGUCUGAGCUUGUAGCCGUCCUUCGUGAACAAGGCGAAACUGAGGAUCUGAAGCUCUUUGCACAGGGGGCCGAGCUUUCCGCCCUCAGCUGCUUGGGCGAUACCCCGGUUGCACAUGGAGCUGUGGUUCAGCUGGUGCGCAUAAAGCGCCCACCUCCUCUGAUAACACGACGGACGUCAAGCCCUGACUGGAACAGGAUUCCAUGCACGUGCUUCACCGACCACUGUGAGUUUCAGGUACUGGUUUCCGGCCGGCCCAUGCGCAAGUUCAUGUGCCAUCUGCAUGAGGGGGACUGGGUCCGGACUGGCUCCGAGCGCAAAGAGUACCGCCAGGUCACCCGCAUCUGGCGGUGUGCAGGAGGCCUCUCCAAGACGGUGGAGUUGCAGCCGGGGUGUCGGCUCACGGUUGGCCACCCCGUGUUUAUGAAUGGCUCUUGGUGCCGCCCUGAGGCCUGCAAGGCUCCCUCACACACGCAGGAAGAGCACGUGUACACUCUGGAAUUGGAGGGUCAUGUGGAUACGGUUCUUGUGGGCUCGCUCGAGACGGCUGUUGUUUGUGCUGCGCUGGGAGUGUAUUGUGGAGAAAGCUUUGGCUGGAACAUCUUUACCCGGAAGACAAGACCAUGCCGGAAGUGGCCUCAUUGUGACAAGUGCCAUGUGGCAGUCCUGCCCGCGCUGGAUUUCUCGGAUGUCACCCAAGACAUGCUUGCAAAGCGCUACAAGUCAUAUUGA